AGCUGUCAAAUCUCAACCUCAAACCUCCAUUUGCACUAAAAUUAUUUUCAACAAACUUUUAUUUAAAAAAAGUGGUAAAUAGAAUUAUAUAACUACCAGACAUUGAAUUUAGUUAUUAUUAAUUGAAUAAUUAUUUAGUUGCUAUUACUACACCUUCAGGAUAAUAUUUUUCCACAACAAUGGCUGAUGUAGCAAUACCCGAAAAAUUACAAAUAGGACCUAAACCAGAUGUCACAUACCCGAUAAUCGUCCAGUAUUGUGGAAAUUGCAGUAUGCCAAUUGAGUACUGUGAAUAUUACCCGGAGUACGAAAAAUGCAAACAGUGGCUUGAAAGACAUCUACCUACAGAAUUUGAAAAAGUCAAAAUAGAUAAUGAUGGAGAUGGUGCCAAUGAAGAGGAAAAGAAGCGACAGAAACGUGGUGGUAAAGGCAUGUUAAAAACCAAAAAGAAAGAAGAUGGACCCAAACAAGUCUGUGUCUCUAGAGCCCCUAGGGGAAAGAAAAAGUCUGUAACUGUUGUAACCGGUUUAAGCACCUUUGAUAUUGAUUUGAAAGUAGCCUCCAAAUUCUUCGGCCAAAAGUUUGCAUGUGGUUCUUCUGUAACCGGCGAUGAUGAAAUUGUGAUCCAGGGUGAUGUAAAAGAUGACCUAUUCGACAUCAUACCAGAAAAGUGGCCAGAGAUUGAUGAAGACUUCAUCGAAGACCUGGGUGAUCAGAAAAGAUAAUUUAUAUUUAUAUUCAAUUUGUACAUGUUUUGAAUUAAUAUUUAUAAUACGUCUGUCUUGAUUAAAAUACAC